AUGCCGGAUAAAAGAAAAUCUUUCGCCGCACCAAUAUCAAAAACAACGAAAUCUAAACGACAGUCGUCAGUACCGACUACAUCAUCAAUUACACGUAGUAUUCCUACCUCGUCGAACGAAAAAAAUCGACCUAAAAUCAAUAACAACAUGACGGUUAUUGGUGGAGACAGAGCAAUUAACAAAGCAGACAUUUCUGGCCCUGAAUUCGAUUCUCUUUAUCGCCAAAUCGCAUACGGUAAAUUUUUGCGCACUAUGCUCGAAGAUUGCUUAGUUGAAGAAAAAAUAGAACGUGAAGAAACACAAAUGGACAUUCAAAUGGCUCAAUUAGCUGACAGAUUUAAAAAUAUCAUGAGGCAGCUAGACAAAACAAAUCGACGAUUGAAGGAAAUAUCUUUUAUUGUUGAACAGAAAAGGUUACUUGAUCUCAAAUCUCAAGAUUACACCAAGUUUCAUGAAAUAUCAAAAAACUCUAAUGCUGUAAGUAUUUUAAGUGAUCUUGCAGCAACAGAGCAAACAUUUUUGGAUAAACUAAUAACAAAAAAUGUUGAUUUUGGUUAUGAUAAAGAGAGUGGACAUAAGCAGUUACUAGAUGCUGUUAAUGAUGCAAUAGAAGGCUUAGAAGAAAUUAAGAAACAUUCUAACUUAGAUUUAAACAAGUUUGAAGAGUAUGAAAAGACUAAAACAAAUCUUGAUGUAUUGGAAAAAGUGAAAUUAGACUUAGUGAGUUUAAAGUCCGACUUUGAAUCAAAAUUUCCAAAAUUUAGUGAGAGAUUACUGAAAGAGGCCUCUGAAAAGAUUGCAACAAUGAUGAACAACGAUGAUGAUGAUGAGGAUGAUGGUAUCAUCAAAGAAAGGAUGAACAUGAAAUGUAUUUGUGCAGGCAAUGAGCUCUCCCGGCAACUGGACCUGUGGCUCUCCAAGGCGGACCUCACACAUGGCCCGGCGAGGGCUAUCAUAGCGCCGCAUGCUGGGUAUUCAUAUUGUGGCGCGUGUGCAGCCUACGCCUACAGACAAGUCAGCCCUGUUGUAGUCAAACGGAUCUUCAUUUUGGGCCCCUCCCACCACGUAAGGCUCGGCGGUUGUGCGCUUUCUUCCCUCGACAAGUACCAGACACCGCUCUAUGAUCUCACCAUAGACAAACAGAUAUACGCGGAGCUAGAAGCGACUCGUCAGUUUGAAUGGAUGGACGUGCAGACCGACGAGGACGAGCACUCCAUUGAGAUGCACCUGCCUUACAUUGCUAAAGUGAUGGAAGAGUACAAAACCGGUUUUACGAUCAUACCAAUUUUGGUUGGAUCGUUAACACCAGAAAAAGAAGCGAAAUACGGUGCAAUCCUGGCCCCGUAUUUGGCGGACCCACAGAACUUGCUGGUGAUUUCCUCCGACUUCUGUCACUGGGGUUCACGCUUCCGGUACACGUGGCGCGACUCCUCGCGGGGACACAUCUAUCAGAGCAUCGAGUGGUUGGAUAAACAGGGUAUGGAUAUCAUAGAGAAGAUGGACCCACGCGCGUUCACCGACUACCUCAAUAAAUAUGGUAACACCAUAUGCGGCCGGCAUCCUAUCGGAGUACUAUUGCAGGCGAUAGCUAAACUGCGGAGCCAGCCGAACGCUCCAAAAAUGUCCCUUCAAUUCCUCAAGUACGCGCAAUCAUCUCAGUGCAUGAAUCACCAGGACUCCUCAGUUUCCUACGCAAGUGCCUCCCUUGUUUUCGAGUAA